UGAUUUUGUGGUACUACAUUCACGUAGAGAAAUGGCUGAAACCGCUCCAGCUGCUGCCGCCACGCCGGCCAAAGCACCCAAGAAGAAAUCCGCCGCUAAAGCUAAGAAAACCGGACCAAGCGUGGGUGAUCUCAUCGUUAAAGCUGUUUCGGCUUCCAAAGAGAGGAGCGGCGUCUCUCUCGCUGCCUUGAAGAAAGCGCUCGCCGCCGGUGGCUACGACGUGGAGAAGAAAAACGCUCGCGUUAAGAUCGCCAUCAAGAACCUCGUGACUAAAGGCACUCUGGUCCAGACCAAGGGGACCGGCGCUUCCGGGUCUUUUAAAUUGAACAAAAAGCAGGCAGAGACCAAGGCAAAACCGGCAAAGAAAGCCGCUCCUAAAGCAAAGAAGCCCGCAGCCAAGAAACCCGCCGCUGCCAAGAAGCCAAAAACUGCAGCGACAAAGAAGACCGCCGCUAAGAAAUCACCCAAGAAAGCAGCGAAGAAACCAGCCGCCACCGCCGCUAAAAAGGCAACAAAGAGCCCCAAGAAAGCAAAGAAGCCAGCGGCUCCUAAGAAAGCAGCGAAGAGCCCCAAAAAGGCUGCUAAACCCAAGACGACAAAGCCCAAAGCAGCGAAGCCUAAAAAGGCAGCGCCCAAAAAGAAAUAGAUUUUCAGUCAAAAUUUAUUUCCACUAAAAAGGCUCUUUUAAGAGCCACCCACCAGCCCUUUAAAGAGCAAUGUUUCAAUAUUUGUCGUUUUCUGGCUGUUUAUUUCGAGAAUUUCUGAUUUGUUAAAAAAAUACUUCAUAAAAUAGUUUUACUUUAGUGCCACGCAGAUUUUGGAGCGUCUCUGCCAUAUAAGAAAUCUCUAGAUUUUUAAUGUAACUUCAGUAU